UGUGGAAGCAAUUAGUCUUCACAGGAGACUUUUUUAAUCAAGCUUUAAUGUUUUUCCACAUAUGUAAAAGAGACUAAGAGACGAUUCAAAGAUCAAUUCGUUUCACAAGAAAAAACAAUCAAAGAGAAACAUCAGGUGCAUUGUUGUCGCGAGAGGAUGAUGAUAACAAUAAUAUGGAGCUUUUGUUUACUCUUCUGCCUUUCUCACUCAACACUUGUUAUUGCUAAACACUUGUGUCUUCCAGACCAGAGGGAUGCUCUUUGGGAGUUCAAGAACGAGUUCUAUGUCCAAGAGUUCGAUCCCUCUAUUUCUGGUGAUAAGAAGACAGAGAAGUGGAGGAACAACACUGAUUGUUGUUCUUGGGAUGGUGUCUCUUGUGAUCCUAAGACGGGAGUGGUGGUAGAGUUGAAACUCGGGUACAGUUACCUCAAUGGCCCUUUGCGAUCUAAUAGUAGCCUGUUUAGACUACAACAUCUUCAACGCCUAGAUCUUAGCAGCAAUAAUCUCUUUGGUAUUCUACCAGAAUCUAUUGGCAACCUCAAACAAUUGAGGUCUUUGAGUCUUUUUCGUUGCAAUCUCUUUGGAAAGAUUCCUUCUUCACUCGGAAGUCUUUCUUAUCUCGCUUAUCUUUUACUUUCUUAUAAUGAUCUCACCAAUAAUGAAGGACCAGAUUCGAUGGGCAACGUAAACCAACUUACAGAUUUUCAACUAGUGCUACUCAACUUGACCUCGCUCAUCUGGAUCGACCUUGGUUCUAACCAGUUCAAAGACUUGACCUGAGCAGAAACGAUUUCAGCGGUUCACUUGAGAUUGGGAAUAUCUCUUCCAAAUCUAACCUUCAAACAUUAUACAUGGGAGAAAACAAUUUCAAAGGGCCAAUCCCAAGAUUUAUAUCGGAACUAGUUGGGCUCUCGGAUCUUAGCCUUUCUUUCUGGGACGCAGGAGAGGCCAUUGUUGAUUUCAGCAUCUUCUUGCAUCACAAGUCAUUUAAGUCACUUGAUCUUUCAGGGAUUCAUUUGAAUAUCAGUUCAACUCUCCAUCUUCCCUCACCAAUGAAAAUCUUGGUUUUAUCAUCCUGCAAUGUUUCUGAGUUUCCCAAGUUUCUAAUAAGCCAAACCAGUUUGUAUUAUUUAGACAUCUCUGUCAAUCAAAUUGAAGGCCAAAUACCAGAAUGGCUAUGGAGUCUGCCAGCUUUGAUGUAUGUAAACAUUGCUCAGAAUUCCUUUAGUGGAGAACUAACUAUGUUACCAAACUCUAUUAUCGAUACCUUUAUAGGCUCUGAUAAUCAGUUUUCGGGAGAGAUUCCUAGAUCAAUAUGCGAAUUCAAUCAUCUUAGUACACAACAAC